GUGCUUUUGACGCCGGGUCUUCCGGGACUUGUGCUUUCUAGUUUCCUUCCGACGCAAGGGUGAGCCACUGAUCAGAAGUGCCUGUCAAGAUGGAAGUGAAUCCUCCGAAACAGGAGCACCUGCUGGCUCUAAAAGGUCCUGUUUCUUCUGAUUUGACCCGAAAGACAGUCUUAUAAAUAAUAAAUUGCAUUCUAGCUCUGAAGAAUUCGGCUAAGGAAUUUCCUCUUCAUUAAGAGUUAAUGGAUUACUGCAGAAUGACCACGGAAGUGAUACUGCAUUAUCGGCCAUAUGAAAAAGAUCCCACACAGCUGGCAAAAAUUGCAGAAAAGGCAAUUCAGGACUUUCCAACCCACCCGCUAUCAAGAUUUAUUCCUUGGUUUCCACAAGAUGGGUCCAAACUGCCGCUCAAGCCUAAAAGAUUACCACCAGUCAUUUCUAGAGAGGCUGCUGAGAGUGUAAAAGAGUGCCUAGCCAUUUCAGAACCUAGUGUUAAAUCUCAGAGCUACGAUUGCACAGUAGAUCUUCUGGAGUUCCAUCCUAGUGUGGAAACGCAGCACCUGCUCCAGUCACGCGCACUGCACGAGCAGACUAAUUCUGGAACUUUAGGUAGCAAUUCAGGAAACGAGAAUCAGCACCAGAAAAGAUCCUGGAGCAUUUCACUUGCCAGCAAACACUGUCCAGAAAAGAGUUUUCCUUUGUCUAAGAAAUUGCGAGAUAGUUUAAAGACAUUACAUUUGCACUCCCUUCAUAGAGCAAGAUGGACAUUAGAACACAAUGUUUGUAACAAGCAGACUCUGGAAGACAUUUGGACAAAACUCAAUCACCUCAUCCGGCACAAUGAACUUCCCUCGUGUAAUGCCACCAUCCAGAGACAGUUAGGCCAGAUAUGGGUGUUCUGUGAUAUUAUGUACUGUGAAUAUGUAGGAGGUCUUCUUAAAGAAAGAUUAUCUCUUAUUGGAAAGAUUAAUUUAUUUGUACGUAAAUAUGGUGUUAUUUUUAGUAUGUAAUGAAUUCUGGUUAUCAGAAAAAUAUUCUGAAUGAAAUGAAUAUGGACUGACAUUAUAAAAUGAAUUAAUUUUACUGUCACUGCAAUUUUAGUGACUUUGAAAAUUUGAUGCUCCUUUAUAAUGUGAAGAAAUAGUUGUCUGAUAUGUAGACAGUUUGUGUUCAAUAUAUAAAUAAAUGUCACAUGAUUCCAAGGCUUGUCAAUCAAGUCAGAAACAUUCUAGAUUCUGUUCAUUGGUGUUCUUUUAAGUGAACUGUGAUGAAUUAUUGUCUGUACUAAAAUUAAAAGUAAGUGUUCUAAUCUUUAUCACCACUGGUUGAUUUUAAAUGAAUGGACUGAAUUUUAAUGAAUCCUUAAAGUCUCUUGCUUUGUUUUUUUUAACUCACCUAAGUAUAAUGCGGGGUAUGUGUAAGAUUAAGUCUUCACACAGUAUGUCUGAUUUAUAUUUUUCAGAAUUUAUUACAAGGUUUCCAAUUAAGGAUUAAAAGUUGGAUAGUUUUGUUAUUUUAAAGUAUUUAUAACAGAACUAAAAAUGUAAGUUACAAUGAGGCUAUUAACAGUUUUUUAAAUCCAAGAGCUAAAAAGAGCUUCUUUGUUUUCAUAUGCCGAAGAUCUAAAUUUUUCUGACUUACUCUGGAUGAAUUGCUUUCUACUUCUCUGAAAAACAAUAAAAGUAAAAACUGAGAGAUAGAUUUUUUUUCCUUCAAAUAGCAUAGUGAUCCAAAGGAGAAAAGUAUUUCCCAUCUACCUAGAUGAGUCUUAAGAGGUUGUCA